AUGAGUAUGUCCACGUUGCCUGUGGAAACUGCGGAAGAGUAUGAUCCUUCAGUACCGGUCGUAUUGCCUCAUGAGAAAGUGUACUCCAUCCAAGUCGGGUAUAAAUUGUUUCGUUUGAGCGGAUUGUCGUUGUCUUCAGAUUCACCCUCGUAUUUUACAAAAUUCUUUGGGGAUGAAGUGAAUGAGGAGAAGGUGCUAUUUUUUGACCGAAGUCCUCAAAUAUUUGAGAAAAUCUAUAGUCACCUACAGGGGUACUCCAUCAACAUCACCAAUGACUACGAGUAUAUGCACCUUUGGAGUGAUGCAUUUUACUUUGGUUUGCAACGGUUGCAGAAAUUGAUGACGGACCAAGAUAUUUUUGCUAGUGUUGGCGACCAAAGCUUCAAGAUACCCAAAGUGUUAUUGCAGAAUGAGGGCAAUUGCCCCAAUUACUUUACGAUGAAUUCGGAACGGUUGUUUUUUGAUAAUAUAGCGGUGAUUGAGAGAAACCGAAUGUUGAGACCGCCACUACAAAGACCAGCUAUAGUUGGCGGUCGAUCCCCCAAGCUAUUUUCAGAUCUUUUGGAGUAUCUUAGAGGAAACACAUUGGUGAUUCGCAAUGAGGAGCAUCGGCAGUUGUUGCAAAAAGAAGCGCGAUACUACCGGUUUCUCGAAUUAGAGCAGCGAAUGGUGAGGCAUAAAGUGGUUGAUGAUGCAAUUGUCAUCAACUUGAUGGAUUUGAGUCGGAAAGGUAUGGUUAACAUCUCCCCCAGUAAUAGGAUGACUGAAUGUCCUAUGAGAUAUGCUCGGCCGUAUAUCGAUGAACCGGCAAGAGACUUGAUUUUCCAAAUUGAUCACCUUUCUGACGUUCGACAAGCUCAAUUGUUUUUGAAUAAAAGCACAAAGAUCCCAACUGCAAAAUUUGAAGGCAAGGUAUUCGCCAAGAUUGCACAAGUGUUUAAAGAUCUUUCUGAAGGAUUGAUUCAAGAGGAGCAGUCAAUUACGUUUCUCGUGGGGUUGGCAAAUCUGAGAACAAGUAUAAAUGGGAAAGAAAUGAUGCCAGGAUGGGUUGGUGAUUUGUUGCUGGCUGUGGGUGAUGACAGAUCUGUAAAGGUUGAAGAGGAGAAGGAGGAAGAUAAAGAAAGCGUGUUGAAGAGACGGAAACUCAAUGUUCAAGGAGAGGUUGUUAGGAUAUACCUUAAGCGAUCCAUGUGGAGGCUAAUGAUGAGAGGGACAUUGGCAAGACUAGAGGCAGUAAAUCUUGAAGGAUUGACCAGUCCAGUACAAAGUGUGGACUUUCUAUAG